ACGUGAGCCAAAAAAUAGUGUAUAAUUCAAAAUAGUAUAUAAAACAUUCUCUUUUACCAAAUUAUCCUCUUCCAGAACUGCACCUCUAAACUUGGCGAGUGCAUUUAUUCCCUUCCACAUGGCGCGUACGUGUGUAACAGUGUCAUUUACUUACCUUCGUCCCUCCCUCACAUUUCUGGCGUUGAUUUUUCCCAAAUCCAACACCAAUCGCGCAGCGUGUGACAGUUACACUCUCUCACUCCUUCAUACUUCAUCGCCGGCGAAGCGUAACGGUCACAUUCACCUUCACAUUUUCGCCGCCAAAACCGUUAUAUAACACUCUCACUUAUCUCUUUUCUCCAAAUUCAGCCCCCCCCUCUCUCUCUCUCUCCGUUCAGCGCUCUUCUUUUCUAAUUUAGGGUUCUCACUUCUUACCUUGUGUUUUCUAUUUCCCAAGGACGUGUUUGGAUUUUGGAAUGUACUAAUUGAUGAAAACGAAGAAUCUCAGAGUUUGCAAUGGUAGCUGCAAUUUCUGCUCCGGUUAACACCAAACGCACCCCAACGCCAAGGCCAGCACGACCACCUCUCUUACCUUCCGAAUCGGACAAUGCGAUCGCUCCACCACGAAGGCCCAAGGCUCGAGAAGUCACUUCUCGCUACUUGUCUUCGUCCACUCCUACUUCUACUUCGUCAUGUUCGUCCUCAACGACGUCGUUUUCGUCAUCUUCAGUGUCGUCUACUCCUAGAAGGUGCAAUUCUCCGAUGGUGAACAGGACGGUGAAUUCUUCUGCUUCUGCAAAGAGGUCGCAGUCUGUGGAGCGGCGGAGGCAGGGGACUCCGCGGCCGAGUACGGCGAACGGAGGCGGAGCCGAGGCGCCUGCGGCGCAGAGGAUGCUCUUCACGGCGACCAGGAGCUUGUCUGUUUCGUUCCAGGGGGAGUCGUUCCCGAUCCAGGUCAGCAAGCCGGCGCCGUCACCGACGCCGGCAAGUUUAAGGAAGAGCACGCCGGAGAGGAGGAAGGCGACUCCUACGCCAACGCCGAGGGGGAACGGAAAUUCGGAUCAACACCGAUGGCCGGGGAAACUUAUUCCGGCGGCAAAUUGCAUGAACAGGAGCUUGGAUUGCGGCGAUUCUUUGACGAGGAAACUCGGCGCGCCGGCGAGCGUGGUCCGGUCGCUGCAGAAUUCGAUGGACGCACGGGUUUCUUCACACGACGGAGCCAUAACUAGAUCGGAGAGAAAUAGAGAUUAUGGUGGAUCUGAGUCGCUGCACGAGCUCGUUAGUUCCGAUAGUGAGAGCGUGACUUCCGGUAGUUCCUCCGGAGCACAGGAAUUUUCCGGCGCCGGAGGACAGCGAGGUUCGCGUUCACUCAUUGUUCCGGCGAGGUUCUGGCAAGAGGCUAGCAACAAAAACGGUGGAAAUAGAGCAGUGACGGUUCCACAGAAACUUCUGGCGCCGAAGAGAACAUCGUUCGAUAGUCCUGGACCGUCCCCGCGAGGAGUGGCGAACAGCAGGGGACAAGCUUCUUCUCCAAUUCGCUCUGCGGUUAGACCUGCUUCCCCAAUGAAGCUCUCCGCUACGCCGUCUCCGGCGGUCUGGUCACCGUCAUCAAGAGGGGUGAGUCCUGCAAAGGUUAGAAACGGAGUUGCUGGUAGUUUGAACAACAGGUUCUUCGGGAAUGAGCCUUCUGUUCUGAGCUUCGCUGUUGAUGUUCCGAGAGGAAAGGUUGGGGAAAAUCGAAUUGUGGAUGCGCAUUUAUUGAGGCUUGUGUAUAACAGGCACCUGCAAUGGCGUUUUGUUAACGCCAGGGCAGAUGCUUCCCUCUCUGCGCAGACAUUGAAUGCAGAGAAAAGCCUCUACGAUGCAUGGUUAGCAACCUCAAAACUACGAGAAUCUGUUAGAGCCAAAAGAACAGAGUUACAAUUGCUGAAGCAACAAUUGAAGCUUAUGUCCAUCCUCAAGGGCCAAAUGAUGUAUUUGGAAGACUGGCCAGGUUUGGAUCGGAUGUACUCUAGCUCCCUUUCAGGAGCUAUUGAAGCAUUAAAGGGUAGCACGCUCCGACUUCCUGUUGUUAGUGGCGCCAAGGCAGAUGUGCUUAACGUGAAGGACGCUAUUUGUUCAGCAAUGGAUGUGAUGCAGGCAAUGGCAUCGUCGAUAUGCCUGCUGUUACCAAAGGUUGGGCACGUGAAUUCACUUGUGGUUGAAGUUGCCAACUUAAGUGCAAAGGAGAUGGUUUUGCUUGAAGAGUGCAAAGACCUUUUGUCAAUGUUAACAACCAUGCAGGUAAGAGAGUGUAGCCUGAGAUCACACAUUUCACAACUGAAACGCUUACCCUGGAGACCAACAACAAAAUUAACAAGCAAAUAACAACAUAUCUCUUACCCUGCCAAAUUUCAGUGCUAACAUCAUAACAGAUAAGGCGUUAUUUUGGCCUUGAAUUCAAUAUUCAAAAAUACCUGAUCAAUCUUGUGCAAAGAGUGAGGAUUGGAAGUUGUCUAAAAUGCGAGCUAAUUUGUAUACGGCCUUAUUUUGUUUUAAUUUUUUAAAUCUUUAGUGCCGAAGGAUGUAUAUAAAGUGUGUAGCUUUUUGUUUUU